AUGGGUUCGAUUAUCACUCCGACUCUAGCAGCAUUGCCUGAAAGACAGCAUGCCGUCAUUCAGGCGGCAAGCCCGCUAGGAAAACUCAUUGUUGUUACCGAUCGUCAUGUGCCCAAGCUUGCGCCCGAUGAGGUUUUGGUUCAUGUGCAAGCCGUUGCCGCAAACCCCUCGGAUUGGAAAAUGACUAGUCAAUUUCCUUGUCCUGGGGCGGGAUGCGGCAUGGACUUUUGCGGAGUUGUGGUUGCAGUCGGGGACGGAGUUGCCCCAUCAUCGGGCAUUCAAAGCGGCGAUGUCGUAGCAGGAGCCGUUCACGGAGCUAACCCGGCCGACCCUGAGGCCGGCUCUUUUGCGGAGUACACCUGUGCAAUUGCGGAUCUCCUGUGGAAAGUACCACCAACAUGGUCCUUUACUGACGCGGCUGCAGUUGGGGGAUGCUGUGUGGCCACUGUAGGCUUGGCGCUAUUUGCUGGAGACGCUCUUGGUCUUCAGUUUCGACUCAAUCAGUUCACCAGUGGCUCCAAGCCUCCACUAAUUCUUGUUCAUGGUGGAAGCACCGCUUCGGGAACCAUGGCUAUUCAACUGGCAAAUUUGUGUGGAUUUCGAGUCAUCGCAACAUGCUCACCUCGCAAUGCCACUAUGGUGUUAUCAUACGGGGCGGAACACACCUUUGAUUACAAUAGCCCUUCCUGCGCAUCCGACAUACGCUCCUAUACCAGUAACUCGCUUCACUAUAUAUUAGACACUAUUGUUGAUCCAAAGUCUAUUGUAAUUGCCGAUAAAGCAAUGGGUCGUUCUGGUGGCCGCUAUGCUGGGCUUGAAGCUUUGCCACAGGAUGUUCUUGAUGGCAGCGGUAGUACUCGCAAAGUCAUCAAGUGGACGUAUGUGAUGGGAACAAGUAUGAUCGGACGAGAAGAAGGUCUCACAGGGCCAUACUACAGCAAGCCUCGCCCCGAAAGGCGCGCCUUCGGCAAAUGGUGGUUUCGAACGGUCGUUCAAGAACUCAUGGAUAAGGGCUUACUUCGACCGCAUCCGGUGAAAUUAAUGGAUGGAGGAUUGGAUCGAGUUCCUGAAGGCGUCAGUAUGCUACAGAAAAAGCUUGUCAGUGGCGAGAAGUUGGUGUAUAAUUUAGCAUGA